AUGCAGACCUACGACCAGCGAAGUCCCUCGAUAACCCGCCAAGACUCCACCGCAGAGAUGCACCCCGAGGAACCCAGGUUUUCAGCGGCUCAAAAGGGGAAACAUAGGGAGUUCUCAUUGGCCACAUGUCAUCUGAAUCGAGCGCCUACCUCCUCAGCUCGUUCAACGUUAUUUUUGGACGACCCUCCUGUCGACCAUACAAAAGAAGGUAGGUUGGAGAGGGGAGGACCAGGGCCAGAAGUUAGGACAAUGUCGCCACCGGCUCGAGACGCCCAUCACGACAUCGUGCAUCCCAUGGCAUACAACCGCAACGAGCAGCCCGCAGACCGUUCUGUGUACGGACCCCCAAGAAGAUCGCUAUCUCACGUUUCGGCGCUUGAAGAUGAACCCAUGAGCAAGAAACUUCGGCUCACAACACCUGCUUUCGGCCCUAUUGGACGCCCUACGCCACCACACUGGAGUGUUGACAUCUAUGAACGGCAACUAUUCCCCAAGGCACUUGGCUAUCCACUCGCCAUACCCGCCGGCUUGAGGGUUGGGGACGUGUGUUUCAUCUCGGGAAGUGGCAAGAUCCAGCGCUGUUUCAACAUCACGGCCCCAACGGAACUUCCGCAUUACUUUUCGGUUCUUCAUCCUCCGCUAAGCGCCCUGGACACGUGCAAGUAUCAAGACUUUCCACCCAAGAGCUAUGUCGCCAGCCACUCUCUGAAGCAAGUGCGAGAUGACCAAGCCCUCGGCGGACUUGCCUUCCAGUGUGAUGCCAACAGCGAGGCUGCGGUUCUCGUGUUCCCUCAAGGCGCAGUCUCUACCGAACUCAUGGACCUGUCAAGAUUCCAAGAGUACAUCUCUCAGAAUGCAGGGAACUGGGGUAUCUAUCAACGAAAUCUCGAGCGUGAAAUUGGAGAGAAGGUCGAGAUCCGCCUGGUUACAUCAACUCUCACAGCGCCAUUCUGGGCAAACGCAGUCGUCGUUGCGGAGGGAGCAGGAAGUAUCCUCAAGUUUGCAGAGACGAAGACUAUCGACGGCCGCAGUGCCUACGUCUGGGACACAAGGGGAUUUGCAAAGGCCGCUGUCAGCGCAUCUGACGCGUGGAACCCGGCGUCCAGGAAUGACUGCACCAUCGUCAAAAUGUUCACCAUCAGUCCGCGAAAGGAGACUAUCUCGACGGCUGCCCCAGCGGAUGGCGCUGGUCCUAUGGAGAGUGGCUUCCGUCGUGGACACCCAUCGGAUAUGAUCAAUAGACGCCUGCUUACGAUGGACGGUAACGCAAGAGUUGUCGUCUCCCAUGACAGAGAUUGGUGUGCAAUUAUGAAACAAUCGGAUAAGGUAUCUCUCGAGGAACCCGAGCUUCUGGAACGAGUGUUCAAGCACCACGAAUUGCACACAGAGGGCGAUACCGUUUUCCUGCGUUACAAACAUGUCCGGGAGAAGAGGAGGACACCAGAAGACUUGAAGAAGCAGAUCGACGAGCUGCGGGAAUCCUUGGACAAGAUUUCGAAAGAAGACGGCGCGCAACGUGCCGAGGUCCUUCACGCCAUUACCACCAACAUUCUCUCUUAUCUUCGACUCGGAGGUUCCAAGAAUCCUCAGCAUGCAGAAAUCCUGCUAUCAGUCGCCCUGGUCAACGCCAAAGAAGAAGUAUCGAUUUUGGAAGCGAGGAACGAAGUUACGGUCGAAGCGUUGCACCAACUCGGCUCAACAGUGUGGACUGCGUUUGAAAUGACCGGGGAACUGAAGUAUCUUGACCAGGCUAUCCAAUCAUACCGAAAAUCGCUCAACCUCGACCCCGUUCAUCGUGAUUCCAUGUCGGAUCUCGCCAUCUCUCUAUGGGCCCGCUUUAACCGCUACAAGCAACAGAAGGACCUCGAUGAAUUGAUUGAGCUAUACAAAGCGUUGGUGUUUAGCAGGACGGUUAACGACCCUAGCGAGGUUAAAUGGCUCAACAGCCUCGGCAUGGGUCUGUGGGAGAGGUUCAGGCGUUUGAAGGAUCCUCAGGACAUGGACCAGGCUGUGGCCCAUCUCCAACGGGCGUCCAGGUCCUAUCCUAUCCCUUGUGACCCAUUCACUCUCAGCAAUCUUGGCAACGCACUCCUCGCUCGCUCUCGCCAUCGCCGUGACCUCAAUGAUCUGAACGAGGCUCUGAUUCAUUAUCGCAAGGUCCUCCAAUCCGCUUCCCCCCUACAUCCAGGUCGAUCGGCGUUCCUCUCCAAUUUGGCAGACGCCCUGCUUGAGCGUUACGAACGCACGUCCAGCAUCACUGACCUCAACGAGGCUGUUCGGGCUUACGAACAAACGCUCGAGCUUCCCCCUCCCCACCAUCGUGACAAAGUAACAUGCAUCCUGAUGUACGCCAAUGCGCUUCAGGAUCGGUUCAGGAAGACCUACGAUGCCGACGACCUCAACUUGGCUAUCAAGAAAUACCGAGAGGCUAAGCUGAGGUCGUCGCCGGCCCACCCGAGUUACGCAAGGCUGAUGGAAAACCUCCUCCUCGCGGAACAGGAAUUACGCCGAAUGAAUGCAAUCACAGGAUCAACGAGCCCACCACCACGUUCAAGCCACUCGUCUCCGACAAGUCCUCGCUCGCAACGUGCAACGGUACCGCCUAACCGAGAAUGGAUCGUCCACCACCAUCCCGCUCCCGCACCGCCUCAAGCCCCGCCCACACCCAAUGGCAGUAGUCAGAAGUUCCGCAUAGUCCGACCGCCAAUGAAGAAACCCUACAGCAAGAAGACGUCGUCGACAUCGGAAAGCGAAGAGGACAAUGCACCAGAAGAACGACCUCCCAGUCCACCGCUUUCGCCUCGUCAUGGUCUUCCGCCCCGUGCCAGGAGGCACCAUACCCUCGCCCAUAUCCCUUAA